CAGAAAAAUACCCAAAAAAAACUCAUCAAAGGAGAGAAAAAAAAGUGUUUUAGUGUUCUUUUUGGUUGAAGGAAAAAUAAAUAAAGAAAGAAAGAAAUAUGGAUAAGGCCUCAGUUGUGUUGGUUCGGUUGGUGCUACUCGUUCUCACCAUGUCGGUGACCUUGUCCUCAGCCCACAACAAGAGCCAUGGCGGUGGGCACCGCUGGACCACCAACUCGACCACAAACAUAUACAACACCACCGUGAACAUCAACCUUGACGGUGCAUUCAGCAAGGUGUUUGCCUUCGGGGGUUCCAACACUGACAAUGGGAAUGCCCGCCUCAUGGGCAACCUAAAGGGGUUUGUUGGGGCGUGGCUGCAUACCGUUGAGGGGAUCCUAGCUGCCCAAUCAGGUGGUGCCAUUAGGGGCUCAGGUUCGGGUUCUGCCGGUGGGGGUGCUUCUUGGUCCGGGUCAGGAUUCAGUUCUGGCUCCAAUGGCGGCAGCAUGUCUGGCUCAGGCUCAGACUCUGCCAGUGGGGAUGCUUCUUCGUCCGUCUCAGGAUCCACUGCAGGCACCAAUAGCGGCAACAUAUCAGACUCAGUCUCAGGCUCUGCCAGUGGGGGUGCUUCUUGGUCCGGGUCAGGCUCUAGUGCAGGCUCCAUUGGCGGCAGCACGUCAGGCUCAGGAUCGGGCAAUGUGCAUGCUUCAGGGAACGGGCUAACCAAUGGGAAGUUGGUGAUCGACCAUCUUUGCGAUGCCCUUGGGAUACCGCCCGUGCCGCCCUACAAGAACCGCUCGGCGAACUUCUCAAGCGGGGCCAAUUUUGCAUUGGCAGGGUCCACGAUGCUCCCGGGCUCUUUCUUUCUCCAGAACAAUCCCCUCUCCUUCAUGUCGAAGACGGUGCCUCAGAGCUUGGAUCUCCAGCUCCAAUGGUUCCAAAAGUUCCUUCAGAACUUUAAGAAUGGAUCCAAGCCUGACAUGGAUGACUCGCUCUUCUGGCUCGGUGGGGUUGGGUCCAAUGAUUAUGCUCGUAUCCAUAAGGUUGCGACCUUCUCCGCCAACUGGCUCACCCAACAAGCCAUUGAUCGAGUCUCCAAGCUCAUCCAGGGGAUGGUGAACAAUGGUGCCAAGUACAUGGUGAUUCAAGGAUUGCCGCCGAUGGGGUGUCUGCCCCUCGACUUGAUAUUGUCCUCGGCAAUAGAGCGGGAUCAGUAUGGUUGCGCGGCAAGGAUCAACAAGGCAGUGAUGAAUCAUAACGAGCUCCUCCAGCAGAAGCUUGGCGAGCUCCAGAAGAUGUUCCCGCACUGUGUUUUCGUCUAUGCUGACUUCUGGAAGGCCUAUAUGAAGGUGCUGUCAGAGUACCGCCAGUUUGGGUUCACAGAGCCCUUCAAGGCAUGCUGCGGAUCCGGUGGCGGCAACUUCAACUUUGAUCUCAGGCACCUCUGCGGGUCCCCUCAGACAUCUGUCUGCAGCCAAGCAGCCAAGCACAUGGUGUGGGACGGGAUCCACUUCACUGCCGCCAUGCACCAGGCCGUUACCAAGAUCUUUGUCCAUGGGGGCUGCACCCACCCCUCCUUUGAGCAGCUCAUCAAGAUCAAGAAGGGCCUUGUGCAUCGGUAAAUCAACAGAUCAUCAAUGUCAAGACUCCACUGUGUUCUUUCUAGGUUCGAUGAUAAUCUGUUGGGAGAGGCUUCAGUUGAUCGCUAGGCUUCCUUUUGCUUUGUGAAGGUUUCCGCCAGCUUUGUUUUUUGAUUAUAGAAGCUAGGCAUAUAGAAUUCCACUAUACUUUUGCUAUAUGCUCCAGUCCAAGUUGGUUGAUCUCUGAGUGGCUGCAUUCUGUCACCGAGGUCACCAAUUUUGCUUCAAUAAAGUUCUUAUAGAACUUAAUAAUUU